AUGGGCGUGACGAGACCCGACACGGAGGUCGAGGGGAGCAUGGGUUCCCUCACGGGACUCGCUGCGGGUGCCCUGGUCGGCGAGGGCACCAUUGACAUCGGCAGUGGCGUGGGAGCGCAGGAGGAUGCCUCUGCCGUAGCAAGGACGGGCCGGCGCGCAGAUGACGUCCCAUGCCUCAGGGAGGUCGCGUCAGCGGCGCCCGAAAAGAGGCCAAGGACGGUAGACUCGGCGCCUCCUAGCACCGACAACGAUCGGACAACGUCCUCAUUGCCUCUCACGGAACGCUUGUCAGUCCCUCGGAUCGAUGACGACACAACCAUGGAACACCAGGCUUCGGCCCCGGAUGUCACUAGAACGGAACAGUCGUGCUCAGUCGCGGUUGAGAAGGGACCCAAAAAAAUGGGAGACGGAGAAGUGGCCGAGGCUGAGAGCGCGGCGGACGAGGCACCGAGCGGUUCGGAACCACCCUCAACGGUGGUCGGCGAGGCUCGGGAGGUGGACCGAAGGGCACAGGUGGUUCAAACAGUCGAAAAGGCCGGCACCAAAGACGUGGUGGGGGAUGCCGGCGGGAUGCCCGCUGGGCAACCAGCCGGGCCGACUGUGGAUUCUUCGCUCGAAGCUCCCCAAGGGCCCGGGCCCGAGCCAUCCGUUUCUGUUUCGAGCGCGGAGGGACCAUCGCAGACGCAGGGGCCCGAUGCUUGCGAGGUCGACACAAUGACAUCGCUUGGAUCGGGACUAGUCGUCGGGACGAAAGAUUUUUGGAGCCGCUUCUCUGUAAAGCUGUUGCGGCUCAUGACUGCCGGCGAGCCGAAUCCCGUUCUGGCGAGCCUGUUGUUCUUUGUCUUGUUUUUCGCGUUCAUUGUCUGUCUUAGAUCUGUGGACGGUAAAGGAUUCCAGAGAUAGAUGAUAUUUUUGCGAAGGGUUGGGCCCAUAGGAGUCGGGACGAGUCGAGUCCUGCUGUAAGUAUGUGCUACUUUCACACGUAGUUGUAUUUCAUAUAUUUUACACGCCUUAAUGGGUAAGGCGCAACGCCGCCGACCCCGAAUUUCGGGGUUGGAAAAAAGGGACAUAGGUGCGUGCCGACAGAAACAUGAGCAAUGAUUGGCGAAGCUUCGGCUUCGAUGCUCGCGAUGAAGGAGCGAUCAAGCCGGGUGAUGGACCGUAGGCGCGGAUCCACCGAAGCAAGAGCUCCAACGGGAGACAAACAUGUUCUCUGUCGGCCUCAGGAGGGUGCGAUUGGCGUGUGUGAGCCUCUUUGUUCGUGUUGCAU